GAGGUAGCUAUAGUUUGAUACUCGUAUGCUGCUUGGAGAGGUGACGCGUGGAAUAUGCAAAGGUCGAUACUAAAAAUCUCAUUUUGAUGCGAUAACUAGUGUUACGAAUUCAAUACUAUUCACAUUUCAACUAUUCAGAUUCUAUUCGUUCUGUCUUGACGGUUGUCAAAAAAACAAAAAAUAAAUAUUUAUAUGGUCGUCCUAUCCUAUGUCAUUUACUAUUAUAAAGUAGACUUAAGCGUACAUAAUGUUCUUGAAAUAACUUAGGUAAAGAUGUCAACAUGGAUGGGAGUCUCUGCUUGUGCAGACGGUCCUUCCUAACAUGUGCAAAAAGUAUUAGACCAUUCAUGUGAAUGAAUUUUCUUAACAAGGAUUGAGAGAAAAUAGUCCAUACCCGAAAAUCAUAAAUGAAUAAACAGACAACCUAUAUCAUUAAUUACGAAGGCCUAAUCACAUCUCUUUACUUCUGGUACGUAAUACCAAAUUUGGAAAAAAAAAUGAUUAAAAUAGAGAAAAAGAGUCACCUAAAAUUGAGACUGGUGACGUCAUAUAAUCACAUGAUUAUAUUGAAUGCUUGAGCGACUGUUUUGUCGUUUAUGACUUUAAACACUUAACAUUAUAAAAGACAAAGACAAAGAUCUCUCUAUCCUUAAACACCAAAAAAAAAAGAUGGACAAGACUGAUCAAACCGCCAUUGACGAAUCAGCUUUAGUGCUUAAUCGCACUGAGAAAUCGGCAGAGGCGGUCCUGCGAGUAGCAUCAAUGGCUCUAAGUAUUACGGGUCUCGUCAUCAUGAUCAAGAACUCUAUCUCCAACGAAUUUGGCUCUGUUUCUUACUCAAAUAUUGGAGCUUUCAUGUAUUUGGUGAGUGCUAAUGGCGUUUGUGCUGCUUAUUCUCUUCUCUCGGCUCUCGCAAUAUUAGCGCUUCCGUGUCCAAUAAGCAAGGUCCAAGUCAGGACAUUGUUCUUGCUUGACCAGGUGGUCACAUACGUGGUUCUAGCGGCUGGGGCUGUAUCUGCAGAGACGGUUUACUUAGCAUACUAUGGAAACAUACCCAUUACUUGGAGCUCUGCUUGUGACUCCUAUGGAUCCUUCUGUCAUAAUGCAUUGAUUUCGGUUGUUUUCACAUUCGUUGUCUCCCUUCUCUACAUGUUGCUCUCGCUUAUCUCUUCCUAUCGACUCUUCACCAGAUUUGAAGCACCCUAAACGAAAUCAAAGAACACAAAGAAAACAAAGGCAACAAGCGUGACAGAGGAAUAAAGAUAUAUGUCCUAUUUGGUUAAAGUGAGUAAUUGAAUAUUAAGGUUUUUCGCUAAUUACAUUUUUGUCUUAUAAAAAAAAAACGCAUUUUCUUUCAGAAAUUAUAUCAUAUUAAAGUUCGCUAUUGUUUCGUAGUCGAGAUUAUAACGCGAAACAUGAUUUUAUAAUU